AUGGUGCACAUAUUGGACGUGAUUCGCGCGCACCGGCCGCGACUUCGGCCACGGUUCUUGACAAUUCACUAUACAUACUUUAUUGGGAUGUGUAUGCUCACCUCCGUUAUUUUCUGGGGUGCAUCGACGCCGGCGAGAAGCGUGAGAUACAUUGAUGCUUUAUUCUUUGCCGUGAGCGCUAUGACCGAGACGGGUCUCAACACCAUCAAUCUGUCGACGCUGAACAUGUUUCAACAAGUGAUCUUAUGCUUCUUGAGUAUAGUGGGUUCUACGAUUUGGGUGUCCAUUGCGAUUGUCUUGGUGCGUCGCCGAGCCUUUGAAAAGCGCUUCAGUGAUAUCGUAGAGGAACAACGCCGUCCGAGGAACCGAAAAGAUUCAUUGAGCUCGAGGAGACCGAACUCGGCGUCUAUCUAUCGUCCUUUCGCCAGCCAUAAUCUGGGUCUGCUUCGUUUUCGAUCAUUUCGAACGGAACCGAAAGGGCAACCGAACACGAUGCAGCCGGAUCACGAUAACCGUGAUCCCGAAAGGAACCUGGCUACAUUAGCUCCUCUAGGGGCUGAGACUGUCUUAAAAAAGGAGAAUGCGUCCCACUACGGGGGUCAACCAGAGCAGGAGCAAGGGCAGCAUCAAGAUGAUACCGCGCCAAAUCACAUCACCUUUGCCGCGAAUAUGCGAGGUCAGUCACCAACCGCAUACCAACGACACCUAAAUCCGCCGUACGAAAAUGCCCUCAGCCAAGCAGAAUCCCAAGAAGAAAGUCACAAUACAGAAGCUCUCGACCCUCGUUCUCAUUUCCUUGAGAUGUUCGGUCGCAAUUCGUCUUUCCACCACCUCAGCGAAGCAGAACGGCGUCGUCUUGGAGGAGUUGAAUAUCGAGCAAUCUGUCUUUUAUCAGUAAUCGUGCCGCUUUAUCUAUUUCUCUGGCAAUUUCUAGGUGCCCUCGCUGUUGGCGCUUAUAUGGCGCGAAACCAUGGUGAUUUGUCGAGACAAAAUAGACUUAAUCCCUGGUGGAUCGGCAUUUUCUUUGCGAUUUCGGCUUUUAACAACUCCGGCAUGAGUCUGAUUGAUGCCAACGUGGUACCAUUUCAAAACUCGCGGUUUUUCCUAAUUACCGUGGGCCUGCUCAUUUUGGCGGGAAAUACCUGUUAUCCCAUUUUUCUUCGCUGGUGUCUUGUCGUUAUUAAAAAGUUUACGCCGAACACCGACUAUUUCACACAGUAUCACGAAACGGUGACAUUCUUGUUGCAACAUCCUCGCCGCUGUUAUACCACGCUCUUUCCUUCGACUUAUACCUGGUGGCUUUUAUGUUUGGUCAUUGUUCUCAACUGUACUGACUGGGUUGCGUUUGAGGUUUUGAAUUACGAUAACCCCGCAAUUGACUCCAUACCACUUGGUUCGCGGAUUCUAGACGGUCUAUUCCAAGCAAUAUGUGUUCGAAGCGGUGGUUUCUAUGUUGUGUCCAUCGCUUCCUUGCAGAUCAGCCUUCAAGUCUUGUACGUUGUUAUGAUGUAUAUCGCUGUCUACCCGGUCGUCAUCACGAUGCGCAACUCGAACGUUUACGAAGAGCGCAGUCUGGGCAUCUAUGCAGAUGACCCGUCGGCAAAUGAAGGAGACCAUUCGCAGUCAUCUUCGUCCGCAGAUUCGCAGAAUCCGCUUUUGAGAUGGGUCCCGCGCGGCCGAGCCUAUUUCGUUGAGCACCAAUUGCGCCUCCAACUGGCACACGAUUUGUGGUGGCUCGGGCUCGCUGUGAUAAUAAUCAGCAUCAUUGAAGCAGGCAACUUCACGCGCGAUCCGCUGACGUACUCGGUGUUCAACAUUAUAUUCGAGACGGUAAGUGCUUACGGUUGUGUCGGGCUUAGUACCGGCUUGCCCAACGAGGCAUACAGCUUUUCUGGCGGCUGGCGCACGCUCAGCAAGCUUGUACUAUGUGCGGUGAUGAUCCGAGGCCGUCACCGCGGCCUUCCUGUCGCAAUUGAUAAGGCCAUUCUUCUGCCAAGUGAGCAUAUGGGUAAGGCCGAAGACGAGGAUGCAAAUAUACGUUCCGAAAGAAGUCUCAGCCGAGCACGGAGAUACAUGUAA